AUGAGCACGUCAGACGAUAUCGAAAGACAGACAGUGGUCACAUCCAACGAAAUUAAGGGGGUGCCAAAACAAUGUCAAUUGGCAGCAAGUGCGCAUGAUGAAGAAAAUCUGCUUCCAGUGGUAGACGACGUACCCUUCCCGGUAUGGCUGCUCGCGUUCGUCGGAGCCGCUGAGCGCUUCGUCUGGUAUGGAGCGACCAGCCCUUUACAGAAUUACAUCCAGCAUACUCCCUCUAGCAAGAUUCCCGGCGUACUCGGCCUGCGCGAAGCGGCGGCGACCAAUAUUGUGAACGCCAUGAUGGCUGGGGGUUAUUUCGCAACCAUCCCAGCAGCGGUGGUGGCCGACACCUGGCUGGGUCGGUACAGAACAAUUCUAGUGUCCGCUCUCAUCCAACUCUGUGGCUCGGCGAUUUUGUUCGCGACGUCCUUUCCCCGCGCUGUUCAAGCCGGUGCCGCGGAGAGUGGGUUCGCUACUGCGAUUAUGCUCAUCGCUCUGGGCUCGGGAGGCGUGCGAUCCUCCGUCGCUCCAUUUAUCGCGGAGCAGUAUACCGAAACAACUCCCAAGGUCAAGACGCUAAAGAGCGGAAGAAAGGUUAUCACGGAUCGAGAGCUCACAAUCCAAUACAUCUACAAUGUAUACUAUUGGAUGGUGAAUGUCGGUGGACUAUCGGCCCUAAUCACCACGGUCCUGGAGAAGUAUGUUGGAUACUGGGUCGCAUAUUUGGUUCCCUUGUGCAUGAUGGCACUGUCAAUUGUACCGUUGCUGGCGUGGCGACAUACUUUUGUCCGGCGCCCAGCGAGUGGCUCCGUACUACCACAAGCCGGCAGAGCAAUGGUGUAUGGAAUUCGCGAAGGGUUCCAGAUGGAUGAGGCCAAACCACAGAAGCAACAAGAGAAGCACCAGCGACAGGUGCCCUGGACCGAUACAUUCAUUGACGAGUUGAAAAGCGGAUUGCUCGCUUGCCGUGUUUUUCUCCUCUUCCCCAUUCAUUGGUUGUGCCUGAAUCAAACCUUCAAUAACCUGAUCUCCCAGGCCGGACAGAUGGUCAACUCUGGGGUUCCGAACGACACCAUCAAGUCGCUCAACCCCAUCUCUAGCAUUGUACUGACACCGGUGGUCUCGCGGGGCCUAUACCCAUUCUUGACCCGGCGCAGGAUCCGAUUCGGUCCCAUGGCCCGCAUUCUCGUGGGAUUUCUAUUUCUCACCCUCGCUAUGGUCUACACCGCGAUACUACAGAAAUUAGUCUAUUCCACGGGUCCAUGUUAUGAUCAGCCCCUGGCGUGCCCGGAGUCGGACCAUGGCCACAUUCCCAAUCAGAUCUCGAUGUUCCUGCAAACGCCGAUCUACGUUCUCGGUGCGAUUGCGGAAAUAUUCUGUUUCACCACGGGGACAGAAUAUGCCUACAAUCAAGCCCCGAAGACAAUGAGAUCGGUGGUUCAGUCAGUGUGGAUGGCCACGGCUGGCGUUGGGGCGUGCCUGGCGAUGGCGUUUACGCCCAUCACCAAGGACCCUUAUCUGGUCAUCCUGUAUUCGGCGUUGGCGGGCGUCAUGGCCGUGACAACGGUUUUGUUCGGGAUAUUCCUUGGAAAGCAUGAUCGGAGGAAGACCCUCCUCCCGUGA